AUGACCGAGAGCAUCUCGGAGGGAGGUAUGCUGCGUUCUUCUGUGAGUUCGUACUUUUCGGGAGCAAAGUUUCGAGACAUUUAACGAACGGUUUUCGGUGAAUUGAUCCGCUUCGACCAGCUGAUUUUAUCAAACAAUCUCCUAGCCAGCUGAAAAAUAUCUCAAGUCGAUAGAGGACCAGAAACGUCGUCGUGAAGACGGAAUCGACGAGGACGUCUCCGCAUCCUGCGGCGAAAUUGCAAGUGUAGGUAAACAUCUUCCCCGACAGUAAUUAUUUUCCUGCGGGGGACAAAACGAGAAAUAAGCGAAUCUAAAAUUUUGCACAGUUUAGCAGUUUAAACACUUACAUCCGAACUUAGGAAGAAGUCAAUCAGGUUGUAGGAAUUAAGGUGUGUUAAUGAUUCGGCUGAGCGAGCUAAUCAGAAAUCGAAGAUGAAGUUAUACUUUGAGGACAAAAUUUUGCCAGCCUCGAGUUCUAACAUCGAAUCAACUAUGUCGUGGCUUGAAACUCCGAGUGGGCCUAGGAAUGGCACUGUCAAGGGCCUGAAACCUCUACAGAAAAUAAGGUCAAGUAUAGAAGCGAAGAGCCGAGUCCCAUUAAGUAGUCUUGAAGAAGGAGACACGAUCACCGGGACAAGAGCUUUAUUAGCCUGACGUUUCGGAUUCCUUCUCGAAUCCAUCAUCAGAGACAAAAGAGCAGAAACGGGUGGUUGCUGCACAAGGGGCUGCGGUAUUUAUAGGAUGCAGCAGCCAUGCCACCGCAUGCCUAUGAACGUUCACGGCUUCCCCCUUCAUCCGGGAUUGUCACACUUGGGGUGAUCAUUGCUUGAUGGCCGACAUUCGAGUCGAUAAUUGCCGCAAUUUCAUCACGUGCGUUGGAUGUUGGCGUGAUGAUUGCUCGACCAUCUGAUGCGUUGACCCGGGUAUUGGGAAGAGUGUUCACCAGUGCGCUCCCCGCGUGGCCAAUUACUCCGCCUAGACGAAGUCUGAGCACGCUGUAUUUAAUGGGAAGAUCGUUGCACUUGUUGAUGGACUGGGGGCCAGUAAACCAUGAUUCCAGUAGCUCCCUGCUCACUCGGUUGUCACCUCUUGCGAGAAUUUCGGCCUCAUCGAAUUUAAAUGUGUGGCCGGAUCUCGUCGAAUGAGCCGCAACUUGAGAGCUGGCGUCAUUUCUGCGCACCGCUGCCGCGUGUUCGGCCAUUCUCGUUCGGAGCUGUCUUCCGGUUUCUCCGACGUAGUUGCUUUGUCCGCAACUGCACCAGAUCCGAUAAACGACUCCAGACGUUUCUAGCCGUGGCAGUGGGUCUUUCGGUUUCAUGAUCAGACGCCUGAUGGUUGCCUCCGGUCUGUGUGCCACUCCAACCCCAAGUGUUGCUAGAAGGCGGCCUACAGCUUCCGAAACGUUCUCGACAUACGGAAGUGCCCGCCAAGAUUUGGUGUCCGUGCGGUUAGGCCUUUCGUCCCUUUUGCGUAUGCACCGGUCGACGAAGUUGCGCGGGUAGCCAUUGGCUUUGAAGACCCGUCGGAGGUAUUGUAGUUCAGCAGUUUUGUCUUCCGGCUCACUGCAGUGCGUUUCGACACGCCGAUAGAGCGUCCUUACACAACUGCGUUUGUGGCCGAUUGGGUGGUUACUGUUGAAGUUCAGUACUUGCAUCGUAUUUGUCGCUUUCCUGAACACUUUGGUCUUUAGUCCACCACAAUCCUUGCGGCAUACGAGGACAUCCAGGAAGGCCAGCUGAUUGUUCUCUUCCUCCUCCAUCGUAAAUUGAAUGUCCGGGAAGACGGCGUUGAGAUGUUCUUGGAAUGUCAACACCUGAUCCCGUUCGAUGACGACGACGUCUCAAGUUCCUGACCGCUGAGUCAGAUACCACGGUCUCUUCGUCAGCACAAUUCCUGGAGAAACUCAAAGGGGUAAGCAUCCAUCCAAAUGAGGUCAUGGUAUCUUUUGAUGUUACAUCCCUUUUUACUUCUAUUCCCCAGGACCUGGCGAUCGAGACAAUUGAAGUGCUACUACAAAGCAAAUACGAUGAAACGGAGAACCGUCUUGGACACGCCCAAAUCCUUCAGCUCCUGAAGCUCUGUCUCAGGACGUACUUCACGUUCGACGGGAAAAUCUACGAACAGGUGAAGGGCACACCAAUGGGUUCGCCGAUUUCGGGAUUCAUCGCCGAGGCGGUCCUGCAACGGUUAGAGUCGCUGGUCUUCCAACACCACAGACCGAAAUUCUGGGCCCGGUAUGUGGACGAUACCUUCGUCGUCAUCGAAAGAAAGACAUGUUAA